AGUUUCUACAGAGAAACUUCUAUCAAGUUGGCCAUGACUCUCCUCAAAUGAAGUUCUUUUUAAAACUCACCUCUUCAUCAAUGUCUUUCUUCAUGUGCUUCACAGGAGUGACAGAUCAGGAUUAGAAGCCAAACGACGAAGAGCAUUGCUUAAGGCAGGCAAGCAAUUGCCAAAACCAACCUCUGGGAGCUCUCUGAGAAGAAAUGAUCAAAACGUUGCUGUGUGAUUGCAUCCAACACUGCCAGAAUCUGCAGGAUAUCAGAGCAGAUGCUCCAGUGUCGUUUCUGACAUCUUUCACCUGAAGUUCAUCUUUUCUGAAGUUUGUUUAAUUCUGAAAAUUGAAGUUGCAGAGUUCUUUGUUGCGGCUUUUGAAGAUUCUCAAGAUUCACAUUUGAUCAAAAAUGUUCAGCUCUGAAGACCUGACCUUUUCAUUGGAUAAUUUAUUUUUUGAAAGACCAGAUACAAAAGAAGGCUAUCAAGAAAAUGAAGAGCCAAGGAUGUGGUUUAUUGCACCUGCUCCAGCUUUGACUGAAAUUCCCUCUGCAGAAGAGUUACAGAAGGAACUGGAGAAAAGCACAGUCUACGGUCAUAUGGGAGAUAUACAGCAUCAGAAGUCUAUGCAACAGUGCAAGAGAAAUACUGAGGAAGUAAAUGAGAAAUCACAAGAACCUGUUCAUUGUGAUAUAGCUUCUAAAAGAGAAGUGUUCCAGUUAAGUUUAGGAGGAAGGAAUAAAACUAUUUUUCAGUGUGAAAAUCUGAAAAUGGUUUCAUCAUUUCUCUCUUCUGACCAAGAUAACCAUAAAAAGGAAAUGGGGGCUUAUCAGCCACCUAGUGCAAAUAUUUCACAAAAUAAAGUAUUAAUUAAUUUUCCAGACAACAGUGAUGAUGAGAGUAUCCAUUCGUCAUUAAGAAAAAGAUUAUUUAAAAUACCUGAUUUUAAAGAUAGUUCCAUUGAUACAAAAGAAAUUGACACUUAUUUGAAAACCAAUGUAAACAUGAGAGAGAUGAAAGAAGAUGACAUACUGAGAAAGAAUCAUCAUAUUCCAGUAACAAAAGACUCAGAUUUUACCCUGUGUAAGAUAAAUGAUGGGGACUUUGGUCCUAAAAGUAGAAUUAAUAUAAAAUCAUUUUCUGAUGCUUCAAAGAUCCUGAAUAUGAAAGGAACUGCGGAAAGAAAUUUGGAAAUUUGGAGGGCUGUUACAGAAAUCCCGACCCAAUUUAGAAGUAUUUUUAAGGAGUUUCCCUAUUUUAAUUAUGUGCAGUCUAAAGCACUGGAUGAUCUUCUUUAUACAGAUAGAAAUUUUGUGAUUUGUGCUCCGACUGGCUCUGGAAAAACUGUUAUGUUUGAGCUAGCUAUUACCAGAUUACUAAUGGAAACUCCAAUGCCUUGGUUAAAUAUUAAAAUUGUAUACAUGGCUCCAAUAAAAGCUUUAUGCAGUCAGCGUUUUGAUGACUGGAAAGAAAAAUUUGGACCUAUAGGACUCAACUGCAAGGAACUGACAGGAGAUACAGAGAUGGAUGAUCUAUUUGAAAUACAGCACGCACACAUUAUUAUAACUACACCUGAGAAAUGGGAUAGCAUGACUAGAAGAUGGAGAGGCAACUCCAUAGUCCAACUUGUACGCCUGUUCCUCAUUGAUGAGGUACACAUUAUAAAGGAUGAAAACCGUGGUGCAACAUUGGAAGUUGUAGUCAGUCGGAUGAAGACUGUUCAGUCUUCUCUUUUGCGUCUUUCAGACGAUCAUGACACUGUUUCUUCCUUGAGAUUUGUAGCUGUUUCUGCAACAAUUCCAAAUGCUGAAGAUAUCGCAGAAUGGCUUUCAGAUGGUAAGAUGCCUGCUGUAUGUCUAAAAAUAGAUGAAGAUCAUCGACCUGUGAAGCUGCGCAAAGUUGUUCUUGGUUUUCCAUGCAGUGACAGUCAGACAGAAUUCAAGUUUGACUUAACUCUCAACUACAAGAUAGCUGGUGUUAUACAGACAUAUGCUGAACAAAAACCAUCACUCGUGUUUUGUGCAACAAGAAAAGGAGUUCAACAGGCUGCUUCUGUUCUUGCAAAAGAUGCUAAGUUUCUGCUGAGUAUAGAGCAAAAACAAAGAUUACAGAGAUCUGCAAAUUCAUUGAAAGAUGCCAAACUGAGAGAUCUUUUGAUGUAUGGUGUGGCUUAUCAUCAUGCGGGAAUGGAACUAUCUGACAGAAAAAUAAUUGAAGGAACUUUUACUGUAGGAGAUUUACCAGUACUCUUUACUACGAGUACCUUAGCUAUGGGAGUCAAUCUGCCUGCACACCUGGUGGUAAUAAAGUCCACCAUGCACUACGCUGGAGGAAUGUUUCAGGAGUAUAGCGAGACGGAUAUUCUGCAGAUGAUUGGGAGAGCAGGGAGGCCUCAAUUUGACACCACAGCCACAGCAGUUAUCAUGACACGGUUGAGUACAAGGGAUAAGUAUGUACAGAUGCUAAGUGGUGCAGAUAUAAUAGAGAGCAGCUUGCACAGGCAUCUUGUUGAGCAUUUGAAUGCAGAAAUAGUGCUGCAUACAAUCACAGAUGUCACUGUAGCUUUGGAAUGGAUACGAUCAACAUUUCUAUACAUUCGAGCUUUAAAAAAUCCAACUCAUUAUGGUUUUUCAUCUGGAUUGGAUAAAACUGGAAUUGAAGCAAAAUUACAAGAAUUAUGUUUGAAGAACUUAAACGAUUUAUCAUCUUUUGACUUGAUCAGGAUGGAUAAAGCAAAUAAUUUCACACCAACAGAGACUGGAAGAUUAAUGGCAUGGUAUUACAUUGCAUUUGAUACAGUGAAACAGUUUUUCACAAUUAAAGGAACAGAGACCUUAAAUGAACUGGUUACAAUGAUCUCCAGCUGCACAGAAUUUCUAGAUGUCAAGUUACGAACAAAUGAAAAGAAAAUAUUGAACUCUCUGAAUAAAGAUAAGAACAAGAUAACUAUCAGGUUUCCAAUGGAAGGGAAGAUAAAAACAAGAGAAAUGAAAGUAAACUGUCUCAUUCAGGCUCAACUGGGAUGCAUUCCUAUUCAAGACUUUACUUUGACACAAGAUACUGGCAAAAUAUUUAGAAGUGGCAUAAGAGUUACUAGAUGGUUAGCUGAUUUUCUGGCUUCACGUAAAAAUAACUUUUCUGCAUUAUUAAACUCUCUCAUUUUAGCCAAGUGUUUCAGAUGCAAACUUUGGGAAAAUUCACUGCAUGUGUCUAAACAGUUGGAAAAAAUUGGUGUAUCACUGUCAAAUGCUAUGGUAAAUGCUGGGCUGACCUCGUUUAAAAAAAUAGAAGACAUAAAUGCAAGAGAGCUGGAAUUGAUUCUAAACAGACAUCCUCCUUUUGGAAACCAGAUAAAAGAGUCUGUGUUGCAUCUUCCAAAAUAUGAACUUGACAUUGAACAGCUUGCAAAAUACAGUGAUACAUUGGCUGAAAUCUUAGUAACCAUCAAACUAACGAACUUUGAACAGCUACAAACGAAGAGAACUGCACCAGACUUUCACUAUGUAACAUUGGUCAUAGGAGAUGCUGACAAUCAAGUCAUUUUUAAGCAGAAGAUUAUGGAUUCUGUAUUGCUGAAAACUGGAAAUUGGACUAAGAAAAUUGAAGUGAAAAGAGCUGUUAGAUCGGAGGACUUCAGUAUAAACUUAGUUAGUUCUGAUUAUGUUGGCCUUGAUAUACAGCAAGCAUUUACAGCAUUUUACUUGGGACCAAAAACCCUGGGAAGUAAAAUUAUUAUAAAUCAAAAAUUGAAAGAUGAUUCUUCGCUUGAUACGUGUCAUGGCUCACCACAAAGGCUGCCAUCAGCAAAAAUGAAUACAGGAGACAAAUCUAAACAGGAGAAUACGUGCAGGAAAUAUGGGAACAGAGAAUGCAACCAUCAUUGUAAAAAUAAAGAUGUGUGUGGACAUGACUGCUGUAAAACUGGAGUGUCUCCAAAGUUGGAAAUGAAGAGGGAUUCAAAGUUUUCUUUGUACCUGGCUGACUUAAGGAGCAGGGACUCGGUUUCAUCUGUACUCCCAGUAAAACGAUUAAAGAUGCAGAUGCUAAAUCAGUCCCAGAAUGUGGACCUCUCUCAAUUUGUUUUUACACGCAAAUCUUCAAUGCCAGCAUUGCCAAGAUCUGACAAUAAAUCAUCAUCUUCGUGGCCUUCAGUAGAUCAAGAAGAUAACAUUAAUGUGGUAGGAAGGUCUCCAAAACCACUGCAGUCCUGGAAUUAUGGAAACAAUAGUUUGACUUCGAAGAGUUUCGUGUCUGAGAGUCAUAAAAGCCAAGAGACAAUGACAUCAAAAAACAACCUUAAAGAAUCUUUAAUGCAUAACUCGACUGAUGCUGAUAAAAGCAAGUCUUGGUUUUCGGAGACUUUGAAUAUUAACUUUGAAUUGGAGAAUGAUGUUUGGGAUGAUUUUGAUGAUGAAAAAUUAGUACUUGCUAGCAACAUUUCCAGUAGAGAUUUAGAUGAAUGUGAACCACUUUGCCAGUACACAAGAAGCAGAGUCACAACUGACAUUUCAAAAGAUUCUUGCACAUUACAAGAUGAGACCAAUUCCCAGAAUUCAGUUGUUUCUGUGUUUAAUGGCCCUUCAAAAGGGAAAUUGUCCAUACAGAGUGGAAAUAUAAAUAUGUUCAGUUUUCAAGAAAAACAGUAUUCGAAUCCUUCACAAGAGUUCAAAAACGUAGAGUGUGCUUUGAGCGCAGAAAUCAUCUCAGACUCUUCUAAAUUCACUAAGAAAGGGGAUUUUUUUAUUUGCACCAGAGAACCAGAAAAAGAAAUGGAUUCCAGAUAUCAUCCUGAUGAUGAAACCAAUGAUGUCAAGCCCUUUCUUGGAAUAUUUGAUGACAUUUUCUGAUACACGAAAUAUAUUGUAAGUGCUGGAGAAAAAAUAUAUAGUCAUUUUUCCAGAGCAAAACAUUCAAAUGCCAUUAAGAGAAGUUGUUUUCUGUUGUAGGACUAUUAUUAAGGGGUAGUUUGCUGCACAGAGUAGAUAUUAUAAAAAUGAAUGUCUCAUGAGGUUUUAAUUAUAUGAUCUUAGUUUGAAAAGUAUUUAAAUCUUUACCUUUUUGGGGAUAAUUUUCAGCGAAAAAUAUUGAAAUGUGUAAAUAAAGGAGCGUAGUUCUGAAAGAGAAAAUAAGCUGUUUCUAACAUGCCCCAGCUUAUUCUGGAACGAAUGAAAUGCUGUCCUCACAAACGUCUUCAUCUUCUAGUUUAUCUAUGUCAAUUCUUCUAAUGCUAGGUUUUUCAUAAUCCUGAUUUUAUCUAAAAUAAUUAUAUUUACAAGUAAAUGGAAUAGUAAGUUAUCCUAGG